AUGGAGAACAUCUUGGGCAGUCACCCGCAAGUUCGGUUGUCUGCGGAUGCGGUAAAAUUGACCGCCGAUUUGGACUUGGCUGACCCUAAAUUCGACCUACCUGGCACGGUCGAUUUGUUGCUUGGCGCCGAUGUACUGGGCAAAAUAUUACUCGGUAAGGAUCGUGUUUUGCAGCCAGGUGGCUUAGUAGCCCUCCGGACCAUAUUUGGGUUCGCAUUGAUGGGGCCUGUAUUGAGGGCUCCCCCUCCUGCUGAACCUGGAACGGCUUUGAUGGUGGGCUCCGCCCUCUCUGACGCCGUGCAGAGAUUUUGGGAAGUGGAAGAGCCACCACAAGCACCCCGCUCUGAUCCGGAACACGAGAAGUGUGAACGGUUUUACAAGAGCAACACCAGUUAUCUUCGUUCUGGCCGGAUCAUGACAAGAUUGCCAUUUCUUGCCGUACGACCGCCCCUUGGCGACUCGCGGCCUACUGCAGAGAAGCGUUUAUUGGCAAUGGAGCGCCGCAUGAGCAGGGACCCGCUACUUAAACAGAAGUACAUUGACUUCAUGCGGGAGUAUGAGAAAUUGUAG